CUGUAUAUAUACCUAUUCAUUGCAAAUAAUUCAUAAGCUCCCUGUGCUACUCUCAACUGCUUUACUCUGCAGGCACUUAGCUUCAAACCAAGAAUGGCGAUACUUGGAACUCACACGCCUAUUAUUUUUGGCCUUCUUGGUAACAUUGUGUCAUGCCUUGUUUAUAUGGCACCAUUGCCAACCUUCUAUCGCAUUUUCAAGAAAAAAUCGACAGAAGGGUUCCAAUCAAUACCAUAUUCAGUGGCACUGUUUAGCGCCAUGCUGACGUUGUACUAUGCCUACCUGAAGGCUAAUGCAUUUAUGCUCAUAACCAUCAACUCAGUUGGAUGCGUCAUAGAAUCCUUAUACCUCAUCUUCUACAUGAUUUAUGCAACCAAAAGUUCCAAGAUUUCUACGGCAAAGUUGCUCAUCUUCUUCAACUUCGGAGCAUUUGGAUUGAUUGUAGUCUUCACCUACCUAUUCUCCACGGGCCCUCGACGAAUUGCAGUGGUGGGAUGGAUCUGUGCUGUCUUCUCUGUCUGUGUUUUUGCUGCUCCUCUUAGUGUCAUUAGGUUAGUCAUAAAAACAAAGAGCGUAGAAUACAUGCCAUUUUCACUCUCCUUCUGCCUCACAAUCUGCGCUGUUAUGUGGUUCAUGUAUGGCCUUUCUGUUGAGGAUUUCUACAUCGCAACACCAAACAUUAUGGGCCUAGCAUUUGGGGUCACACAGAUGAUACUAUACCUCAUCUACAGUAAAAGAAGAAACGAAAUCAUGCCAGUAGUUGAUCCAAAAGAGGAAGUAAAUGGAAUCCACAUGAACAGUAUAGCUGAUCUGCCAAGGGAGAAUUCUGAUCGCCCACAACAAAUUAACUAUCCUGAUCCUGCUCCAUCAGAUCAAAUUAGAUUGAAAACAGCUAGGACUACCAGCAAAGGAACGCAAACGAUCCAAGCAGAGACAAAACAAGUCCAGCCCAAAUUGCCGGCAGAAGUCACGAACACAUAUGCAAACCUUGUGCCACUAGUGCAGCCUGUGUUCGCUAUUUGA